GAUGAUCGAUCGGAGCUGCAGUGAAGAGGACGGCGGUGUUUGUGGGAGUUGGAGCUGAAGAUCGGAGUAGGAACCAUGUCUUCAGAACCUCAGGAAGGUUCUGUCAGAGAACAACUUUCUGCUGCUGAAGGAACCAUCGUCCAGAACGAGGAGGAGCUCUGUCGUCACCGCAGACUGCUGGAUAUCAGCUGGAACCCGCAGCUUCAGCUACACAUAGCAGUCCUCCCUCAGCAUUGGAUGACUGAAGAGGAAUAUCUCUGCAACCAGCAGAGAAACUUCAGAGUGAAACAGGAGGAACAAGAACCUCAACAAACUAAAGUGGAGUUGCAGGAACCAGAACCUCCACAGAUUAAAGAGGAACGAGGGGAACUCUGUGUCAGUCAGGAUAAAGAUCAGCUUGAUCUGAAGCAGGAGACUGAUACCUUGAUGGAGAUUCCUACUUAUGAGGAAGAUAAGAACAGUGAAGCAGAUCUAAACAAUCAGCAGAGCUUAAAUGUAACUGAUUGUCAAGAUGAAAAAGGAAACCAACAAGAAGAAGUAAACCAAGAUGAAGAAUCAACAUCAACUGUAGACAAAGAGACAGACCAAAAGAACAAAAAUCAGAGGAAGAGAAUAGACAGAAGUCAUGUCCAAAGUGUGGACAGUUCUCACAUGUCAGCAGUCCUCCCCCAGCAUUGCGUAUCUGAAGAGGAUCCAGACAACCAGCAAAGGAACUUUAGAGUGAAACAUGAGGAACCAGAACCUCCGCAGAUUAAAGAGGAGUCAGAGGAAUUCUGUGUCAGUCAGGGUGAAGAUCAGCUUGAUCUGAAGCAGGAGACUGAUACCUUGAUGGAGAUUCCUACUUAUGAGGAAGAUGAGAACAGUGAAGCAGAUCUAAACAACCAGCAGAGCUUUAAUGUAGCUGAUAGUCAGAAUGAAGAAGGAAACCCACAUGAAGAAUCAACAUCAACUACAGAUGAAGAGACAGAAUCAACAUCAACUACAGAUGAAGAGACAGACCCACAGAACAGAGAUCAGAGGAAGAGAAGAGACAGAAGACAUGUCCAAAGUGAGGACAGCUCUCACUUGUCAGAAAGUGACUCUGUCAGAAAAAAACCCAGAAAGGCAUAUUUGGUUAAGAAACACGAACAAUCUCCAAAAGGAAAAAGAUCUACCUAUAUAAAGUUUGGUAAAAGAAAAGGAAUUGGACACAAUGUGUCCAUCCACAUAGGAACUGAGACUGAAAGAACCCAUGUCUGUGAAGAAUGUGGUACAAGCUUUGAUUACUUGUCUCAAGUCCGAAAUCACAUGAAAACUCAUACAGAAGAGAAGUCUUUUCCGUGUAAAGAAUGUGAUAAAAGUUUUAGUCGUAUUUCUAAUCUGAAAACACAUAUGAGAACUCAUACAGGAGAAAUGCCUUUUUUGUGUAAAGAAUGUGAUAAAGGUUUUGGUCAUAUUUCUAAUCUCAAAACACACAUGAGAACUCACACAGGAGAGAAACCCUUUCCUUGUAAAGAAUGUAAUUCAAGUUUUAGUACUGUAUCUAAUCUCAUAAGACACAUAAGAACUCAUACAGGAGAAAAGCCUUUUUCCUGUAAAGAAUGUGAUGCAAGUUUUAGUCAAAGAUCUAAUCUCAAAACACACAUGAGAACUCACACAGGAGAGAAGCCUUUUUCUUGUAAAGAAUGUAAUGCAAGUUUUUGUCAAAUAUCUGAUCUCAUAAGACACAUGAGAACUCACACGGGUGAGAAGCCUUUUUCUUGUAAAGAAUGUGAUGCAAGUUUUCAUCAAAUAUACAAUCUGAAAACACACAUGAGAAUUCAUACAGGAGAAAAGCCUUUUCCUUGUGAAGAAUGUGAUAAAAGUUUUAGUCAAAGAUCUAAUCUCAAAAAACACAUGAGAACUCACACAGGAGAAAAGCCUUUUUAUUGUAAGGAAUGUGAUAAAUGUUUUAGACAAACAUCUAAUCUCAAAACACACAUGAGAACACACAAAGGAGAGAAGCCAUUAUUGAAUCUAAAAGGAAACAAAUGAAAAUGAUGGGGUCAAAUCAGAAUCACCUUAAAAGGAACAAAAGAACAGAUUGAAACUUUGAGAAAUAGAUCAUGUAAAUUUAAAAGAAAUAAAACUCUCUCUAAGCUCAAAAGUACGCAUUGUAAAUUUGAAGGAUUUAUUUAAAACUGAAAUUGUACAUUUGAAACAUGAGUAUAAAAAAUUAAUACAGGGUUUGACAUCUGCUAAAAGGAAAUAUAUGCUGAUAAAGUUGUGCACACUUUAAAAACAAAAAAUAUCAAAGCAAAAUUUAGUAACAACCAUGACAUGUCUAUUUUGAAUAUAACUUUUUUUUAAAUAUGAUUUGAACAUAAAAUUUAUCUAUUUAGAUUACUGUCAAAAUACAUCACAGGUUUAAAGCAUUAAUAUCGAGUCAUGAAACAUCGAUUCAACAAAGUGUGCUUGUGUAGUGACUACAACUAGAGAUAGAAUGUCUGCACAAUGAAAGCAAUCAAACAAUGAUGAAGUUUACAUGUUUUUGAUUUUUUUGUGGCGUUACUUUAUUAAUGUAAUGUAAAUAUAGAGCAUUGAUCACAAAUAGAGAAAUAAUUGCAACCAGUCCUGAGCAUGAGACAGUGUGGUUUAUGAACAACAAUGCAAUAGAAUAAAACGAAUACACCUCAUUUAGGGGGGUGUAGAUUAAGCUACAACAGAGCAGUUCUGCCAUAAGCCAACAGAAAAAAUCAGAAGAAGUUGGGUUUUCUGAUCCUAAUGACCUUUUUUGUCAUUUCUUUUCUCAACAUCCGCUACAGACGGCUGCCAUUUAAUCUGAUUUGGCUCUAAUGUUGCUCACUUGUUUUUGUAAUUUUGAUUUAUUAUCCUCUCUUUUUUUUUACAAACAUGAACUUGCACCUAAUGUGAGACAUGCCUGAUGCUGUUUUUUUGGACUAUUUCCCAACACUUCUGGGUCUGAAACAACCUAUUGGUGUGUUGUUUAAACUAUCAGGUGUUGUCCCCUAACAACACAAAAUGUGGCCAGAGAUUACUGUUUCAAUAAUAACUAUUAUAAUCUUUGAUUUAAUAUCUAAUUAUCCUAAGUUUGAUAUGUCUUUGAAUGAAUGUAUGAAUGCUUAUUGUGUUGUUUUGUGCAUUAUUCCUUGAU